AUGGCCGCUUCAUUAUUCUCAACAAUUUUCGACGAAAAAUCGCUCGAAUUUCUGAUUCUCACAAGUUUCGCCGUUUUCACUUCAACAAUUUAUGUGACUUUUUGGAUAAUUUAUGGGGUUUUUGAGGUAAUCGAUUAUAUGGAGGUGAAAAAAGCGAGAAUAUUCACAAUUACUGAGAUGAAGGUAAACAAAUGCGCUCAAUUUCAUAUAUAAAAAUAUCGAUUUUUCUUAGGUUGUUCAAUAUUAUCGUCAAAAAAAUCACAAAAAACACGAGAAAAGUGAACAUUUCAAGCGAAAAGUAUAUUUGGCGGAGAAAGGAAAAGUUAGAGAUCAUCGAUUGGGAAUGAAAUUCUAA